CAGUGGUGUAGUGGUUAAGUGCCACGGCUGCUAACCAAAGGGUUGGCAGUUCGAAUCCGCCAGGCGCUCCUUGGAAACUCUAUGGGGCAGUUCUACUCUGUCCUAUAGGGUUGCUAUGAGUUGGAAUUGACUCGACGGCACUGGGUUUGAUUUGGUUUUUUUGGCAGCCCAGUCACAUGUCAUCAUAGGGAAGGAGGCCAGGAAUCCACUCUUCUCAGUAUCUUCUUGGGAGCAUAUCUGCCACUCUUUAAUUUCUAUUUCUAUUUCAAAUAGUAUUACAUUAUGAUUAAGAAGGUUUAGUUUAAAAAGUUGGCUGUUCAUUAGCCAUUAAACCAAAAACCAAACCUGUUGCCGUCGAGUCAGCUCUGAUUCAUAGCAACCCUACAGGACAGAGUAGAACUGCCCCAUAGGGUUUCCAAGGAGUGGCUGGUGGAUUUGAACUGCUGACCUUUUGGUUAGCAGCUGAUUUCUUAACCACUGCAUCAUCAGGACUCAUUAUCCAUUAGAGAGAUACAAUCAAAUGACAAUGAGGUGCCACCUCACACCUGUUAGAAUGGCAGUGGUCAAAAAAAGGAAAAUAACAGGUGUUGGUGAGAUUGUGGAGAAACCAGAACCCUCAUCCAUUGCUGGUGGGAAUAUAAAAUGGUACAGUCACUGUGGAAAACAGUCUGGCAGUUCCUCAAAAAGUUGCACAUAGAACACCGUAUGACUCAGCAACAUAUAGGUGUACACAUACAGGUGUAUAUCCAGAAGAAGUGAAAGCAGCCAUGCAAGCAGAAACCUGUACACCAGUGCUCAUCGCAGCACUUUUCACCCUAGCCAAAAGGUGGAAACAGCCAAAAUUGCCAUCAGCAGAUGAAUGGGUAAACAAAAUGGGAUAUGUACACACAAUGGAAUACUGCUCAGCCGUAAAAAGAAACGAAGCCCUGAGACAUACCACAACAUGGGUUGAACCAUGACAAUGUGGUAAAGGCCUGUGAUGUUCCUGAGGAACUGAAUGUCUUGGUUAAUGAUGUGCCUCUUCUCGCGAUGGAGUACUGCUCUGGAGGAGACCUUCGGAAGCUACUCAACAAGCCAGAAAAUUGCUGUGGACUUAAAGAAAGCCAGAUACUUUCUUUACUUAGUGAUAUAGGAUCUGGGAUUCGAUAUUUGCAUGAAAACAAAAUUAUACAUCGUGACCUAAAACCUGAAAACAUAGUUCUUCAGGAUGUUGGUGGGAAGAUAUUGCAUAAAAUAAUCGAUCUAGGAUACGCCAAAGAUGUUGAUCAGGGAAGUCUGUGUACAUCUUUUGUGGGAACACUGCAGUAUCUGGCCCCAGAGCUUUUUGAGAAUAAGCCUUACACAGCCACUGUGGAUUACUGGAGCUUUGGGACCAUGGUGUUUGAAUGUAUUGCUGGGUAUAGGCCUUUUUUGCAUCAUCUGCAGCCAUUCACCUGGCAUGAGAAGAUUAAGAAGAAGGAUCCAAAGUGUAUAUUUGCAUGUGAAGAGAUGACAGGAGAAGUUCGGUUCAGUAGCCAUUUACCUCAACCAAAUAACCUUUGUAGUUUAAUAGUAGAAUCCAUGGAGAACUGGCUACAGUUGAUGCUGAAUUGGGAUCCUCAGCAGAGAGGGGGACCUGUUGAUCUUGUUUCAAAGCAGCCAAGAUGUUUCAUGUUAAUGGAUCACAUUCUGAAUUUGAAGAUAGUACACAUCCUAAAUAUGACUUCUGCGAAGAUAAUUUCUUUCUUGUUGCCACCUGAUGAAAGUCUUCAUUCACUACAGUCUCGUAUUGAGCGUGAAACUGGGAUAAAUACUGGUUCUCAGGAGCUUCUUUCAGAGACAGGAAUUUCUCUGGACCCUCGCAAACCAGCCUCUCAAUGUGUCCUAGAUGGAGUUAGAGGCUGUGAUAGCUAUAUGGUUUACUUGUUUGAUAAAAGUAAGACUGUAUAUGAAGGGCCAUUUGCUUCCAGAAGUUUAUCUGACUGUGUAAAUUAUAUUGUACAGGACAGCAAAAUACAGCUACCCAUCAUACAACUGCGGAAAGUAUGGGCUGAAGCAGUGCAUUAUGUAUCUGGGCUAAAAGAAGACUACAGCAGGCUCUUUCAGGGACAAAGAGCAGCAAUGUUAAGUCUUCUUAGAUACAAUGCUAACUUGACAAAAAUGAAGAACACUUUGAUCUCAGCAUCUCAGCAGCUGAAAGCUAAAUUGGAGUUUUUUCACAAAAGUAUUCAGCUUGACUUGGAGAGAUACAGUGAGCAGAUGACAUAUGGGAUAUCCUCAGAAAAAAUGUUGAAAGCAUGGAAAGAAAUGGAAGAAAAGGCCAUCCACUAUGCUGAGGUUGGCGUUAUUGGAUACCUGGAGGAUCAGAUCAUGUCUCUGCACACUGAGAUCAUGGAGCUACAGAAGAGCCCCUACGGGAGACGUCAGGGAGACUUAAUGGAAUCUCUGGAGCAGCGUGCCAUCGAUCUAUACAAGCAGUUAAAGCACAGGCCUUCGGAUCACUUCUACAGCGACAGCACCGAGAUGGUGAAGAUCAUUGUGCAUACUGUGCAGAGUCAGGACCGUGUUCUCAAGGAGCUGUUUGGUCAUCUAAGCAAGUUACUAGGCUGUAAGCAGAAGAUUAUCGAUCUGCUCCCCAAGGUGGAAGUAGCCCUCAGUAACAUCAAAGAAGCUGACAAUACCGUCAUGUUUAUGCAGGGAAAGAGGCAGAAAGAAAUAUGGCAUCUUCUUAAAAUUGCCUGUACACAGAGUUCUGCCCGAUCCCUCGUAGGAUCCAGUCUAGAAGGUGCAGUAACUCCUCAGGCAUCAGCAUGGCUGCCCCCAACUUCAGCAGAACGUGAACAUCCUCUGUCAUGCGUGGUAACUCCUCAAGAUGGGGAGACUUUAGCACAAAUGAUAGAAGAAAAUUUGAAUUGUCUUGGCCAUUUAAGCACUAUUAUUCGUGAAGCAAAUGAGGAACAGGGCAGUAGUAUGAUGAGUCUUGACUGGAGUUGGUUAAAAGAGUGACUUGCCACUUGUUCCCUGCCCACAACCUACAGAAGUUGUCUCUGCACACACAUGUUGGAGUUAGUUUUUACGCCAUGAAAUUACUCUUCAGACAUCAGUCAAUGGAAGAAAUGGCCGUGAUUCGAAGCUCCUGGUGAUUUUACAAGCACAAUGGUUUGAUUUUGAGUAAUUUUAACCUCUGAACAGAUAAGGUUUCAUAAAAGUCAAUGGGUUUGUUUAAAUAACUACAACUAUUUAAGGGCAUCGUUGUGAUUCGUUUGUCUUCAAACUCGGUAUAAACGUUACUUGUUUUAAAAUGGCUUUUAAAGUUUUAACUUAUGGGCACCUAAGGCCAAAAGCGGUUGUGUAUACAGAGAAGAAAAUCUUUGUAUGCAUUUUAAGUAGGAGUCUGCCUGUGUUUCUGUGGAAGAGACUGCUCAUAAGUAAAAUUGGACUUCUUGGAGAAUAAACCCUACCUCCUUGUGCUGCACCCAACAAGUGUUCUUCCUGGCAUCAGGAGUUGGCUUAAUCCCAUUUUCAAUUUUACUGCACAUUCGGCAGUGCUCCUUUCCUACAGUAGGGAUUGUGCAUCUGUGCCUUUAAUACCAGUUAGUCAUAAUUCCUGAUAAGAAAUGUGCUAUGUGUGUAUAUGUAUUUAAGAUGUACAUUUAAUAAUAUCAGAGAAGACACCUGUUAAUUUAUAAUGUAUUUGAAAGCUUAUCUGUUUUUUCAUUUGUAAAAAUGGGUCAUUUGUUUAAAGAACCUUUCAUGUCAUGCCAUACAAAUUUAUAAAGGUCUACACUUCUUUAUCUGUAAUUCCCAAAUCCAAAAAUCUAUGAAAACUCAAGGUUUUUCCUAAAUUUUUUGACAGCUCGUUUGCUUAUAAAUCUCAUCUGAACUGACAUUGAAUCUGUUUAUCCCAUUUAGUGUGAAUAUUCAUUUAUUUUGCUCAGAAAUAUUGUUUUUCAUUAUUAGGGGUGCUCCUUCAGACCCUGCUGGGGGGUUAUGUAGUAUAUGGCAUGGUAUGAUAUAUGCACUGAAUUACCCUUCUAAAAUUUGAAAAAUCAGAAUCUGAAACAUGUGGCCUGAAGGGUUUCAGAUAAAGGAUUGUGGAUCUCUACAUCUGUUUAAGUAAUUUAGAAGGU